AUGUCUUCAACUUCCUCAAACGUGGUCUUCGUCACCGGCGGCAACGGCUUCGUAGGCAGCGCAACCGUGCUUGAGCUCAUCAAGCGGGGAUACAAAGUCAAGGGCAGCAUUCGCUCGCAAGCCAAGGCAGACGCGUUCAACAAGAUGUACCCAACCGAGUCAAAGUCGAUCGAAAGGGUCGUCGUCCCUGACCUGAUGGACGAGCAAAGGAUGACCUCCGCCCUCUCCGGCGUAGACUACGUGAUCCACAUGGCCUCUCCUUUCCACAUGAACUUUACAAACAACGUCGAAGAGAUGCUCAAGCCCGCGCGGGAGCUGACGCUCUACUCGCGCAUCAAGCGGGUGGUGCUUACGAGCAGCUUUGUGGCGGUUUGGGAUCUGAUGAAGGGGAAUGGGCUUUGGCCUGAACAUACGUAUACAGCUGAGGACUGGAACCCUGCGACGUGGGAGCAGGCGGCCGGGGCCGCGCAUCCAUUGUUUGUCUACUCUGCUUCCAAGAGCCUGGCGGAAAAGGCAGCAUUCGAUUUUGUCGAGAAGGAGAAACCUGGAUUCUCGAUCACGACUUUCUGCCCGCCUUUCAUCUGGGGCCCGCCUGGUCAGCCUGAUCUCACACUGGGGAACUUGAAUACCUCUACGUGGGUCUUGUGGUGGACUCUUAGCGGCCAGGCGAAGGAGAUUGACGAGACUGGCUUGCCUGUCUUUGUCGAUGUCCGUGAUCUUGCGUAUCUGCAAGUUGCUGCUCUGACAAACGACAAAGCCAAGAACCAGCGCUACCUCGCCAUCUCCGACGAAUGGUACAUGGAGCAGCUGGUCAAUAUCGUAAAAGAGGAAUUCCCCCAUCAGGCAUAUCGUCUACCUCCGACGGUGAGGACCAGGGGUCCGGACCACUUUGGGUAUGACGUGGCUAAGACCGAGCGGGUCUUUGACAUCGAGUUGAUCCCUUUGCGGAAAACUGUUGUGGAGACCAUGAAGUUCUUGUUUGACAAGGAGAGCGUGGAGAAGGCCGGAGAGGCAUAG